AUGUCACCGACGGCGUCAGAAGUAACGUGGGUGGUGGAGGUGACCAAGUACAAGGACGUCAGCAAGGAUGCGCUCUCCGUCGCCAUGGCGGAUCUCGAAACUGAGGUGUCGCGGGGAAACGGACCUAUCACUAUCCUUCUCGUCCACGUCAUGACUGAGGUCCCUUGCUCCCGCGGAAUGGACCUGCCGGCGAGCGAGGUGGAUCCGAAGACGGCGCUGGAGCACGGCCGUCGCCUCGUGGAGGUCAUGCUGCGCCCGCUGCUCGCGCACGCCAAAACCAAAAAGGUGCACUGCAACGCGUCCAUUGAGCGCAACGACCGCCGCGAGCUGGGGCUGUGCGCUGCUGCGCGCCGAGCCAACGCGCAGCGCGUCUACGUGGGCCUGCGCAAGAAGCUGCUGGGGUGGUCGUCAUCAGCGUCAGCACACUACGAGGCGGGGCUACCCCCGUCAUGUCUGCUGGUGGUGGUGCAGGCCACCAAGCAGCACCAGUCCAUGCCGGGCUACGGGGGAGAAACGCCCUUCUUCGCUGUCUCGCCCAACGCCUUCAUCUUCUGUCGCUACAACGCCCCCGCCGCCCCUGCUUCCGCUGCCCCCGCCUCCGCCGUUCCGCCGUCAGGGUCCGCCACGCCCGACUCAGAACACCUCUCCGCGCAGCACCCCAAUCCGCACCUCCACCCGCCCUCGCUCACUGCGCCUGAGGCGCUUGCCAUGGCCGCGGCAGGGGGCGUGGGCUUGAGGGCAGGCGAGGCGGGGGGGGCAGGGCACCGCUCGUCGCCAUCGCUGUCGCACGUGGAGGGCGCGCACGCGCUGCUGUCGCCGCAGCACGCGCGCUCGUCCAGCGCGCGCUUCUCCCCCGCGCAGCUCGCGCCCGACUCCGCCUCGCCUGCAGGCCCGGGCGCCGUGCGGGAAGCAUGGUCGCAGGGCGCGUCGCCAAUGGUGGCGCGCGGGGGGUUGGGAGAGGCAGGGCCGGGGAUGGGAGCAGGAGCAGGCGGGGGCGCGAGGUUAGCAGGGACAGGCAGCCACAGCGGCGGCUUCCCUGGGGUUGCCAUGGCGGGUGCAGGGGGCGCUGCAGCGGGCGCGUGUGAUGCGCCACCACCACUGUGCGCGGGGGCGUGUGGGGGAGCUGGGUCGUGUGUGGAGGGAGGGGGGAAGGCGGUGGGCGUGGGGGGAGGGGAGCAGCUGCGGCCGGGAGUGAUCUACUCGUCUGUGGAGGGCAGCAGUGAGGCGCCGGGCAGGCCAGGCAGCAGCAGCGGCAGCACCGCCUUCCCAGGGGACCUCAACGCCUCCGCGCUCUCCUCUCUCCAGGAGGACCGGCUGGCGAGUCUGAGGGCCAUGCUGCCGGUGGACGCGUCCACGGGGCACACCUCGCUGGCUGCCUCCGCGCUCUCCUCCAUGGAGGUGCCCACCCUCGCUGCUGACUAUGGCCCCCCCGGCGUUGCAGCAGCAGCCAUUGCGGAGACUCUCGCCAUGCACCACCACCAUGCGCACCACCACUCGCUGCUGCCCUCGCCCGCCCCGCCCCACCUGCCCUCCGCCUCCUCCGGGGACGAGAAUGACUACCACCGCAGCCUCUCCGACGCCGCCCGCCACAAGCCGGGCCUGCCGCCCACACGCGUGACGGCCAGGGACGCAGCGGGCGGCAUGGUGGGCAAGGGGGGGCUGCGGGAGGCGGUGCGGUCGAGCAGUGCCAGCGCCAUGCCGCUGGACACUGCUGCCGCCGCCGCCGCCGCCGCGCUGGCCUUCUCCACGGCGUCCCCCGCGUCUACCGGCCGCCUCGCCACGCCCGUCCACGCGGGCCGUGACAGCCCCGGCGUGCGCCGCGUGGCCUUCUGCGUGGCUCCACACGGCGCUGCUGCUUCUGCGGGCCGGCAGGGGGGUGAGGGGGGCGCGCAGAUGGGGGAGGCCGGGGCGGGCAGGGAGAUGGAGGGGAACGGCGGUGCAGGUGGGGGUGGGGGUGGGGGCGGGGGGGGCAUGCGGUCGCUGCUGGCGGACGAGCUGGCGCUGCUGGAUGAGGAGGAGGAGGCCGGUGGGGGCGGGGAGGAGCGGUGGGAGGGCAAGGCCGUGAGCAGCAAUAGAGCCGCAGAGGCGGGUGCGGACGCACGUGGCAACGACAACAAAUCAGAGCGCUUCCUGUCACAGCAGCUGCGGGCGAUGCAGCUGAGUGGGCCGCAGAGCAUGCUCUCCGCCGACUCACCCGCCUCCACGCUGCUGCCCGCAGAUGCUGCACAGGAGGGGGCAGCGGGGGGGGAGGCAGGGAGGGCGGUGGCGGAGAUGGAGCUGCUGGGGCAGGUGGGGGGCGCGCCCAGCAACCGCUUCUCCUCGCGCUUCUCAACCUCGCGCCCGGUCGCCUCAGCCGCCGUUUCCUCGCUGCUGCCGCCCGUCGCCGGGGGCUUCAGCACGGGCGGUGGGAGCAGCGCACAGAACGUGGGCGCGCACAGCAUGGGGCAGAUCGACCUGCGCGGGCUGGGGGCGGGCGGCGACGGGUUUGACUGCCGCCUGUUCACGCCCAAGCAGCUGGAGAAGGCCACUCGCGGGUAUGCGCGCGAGAACCUGCUGGGGCGCGGGUCGUUUGGAUACGUGUUCCGGGGCGAGAUGCUGGGGUGCAAGGUGGCGGUGAAGCGCCUCGAGGGGCAGGGGUGGCAGGGGCCGGACGAGUUCCGCAUGGAGGUGGACGUGCUGAGCCGCAUGCGCCACCCCAACAUCGUGCUGCUCAUGGGCUGCUGCGUCGAAGAGAUGGCGCUCAUCUACGAGUUCCUCUCGGGCGGCACGCUACAGGACAAGCUCGGCCCGCCAAAGACGCCCGACUCCGUGCCUCUGUCGUGGGUGGACCGGCUGAGAAUCUUCUCGGAGAUCUCGUCGGCGCUGCUGUACCUGCACCAGAACGAGCCGCCCAUCGUGCACCGCGACUUAAAGCCCGACAACAUCCUGCUGGACGGGCACAUGAUGAGCAAGAUCGGUGACGUGGGGCUGGCGCGCCUGCUGUGCGCCGAUGACGUCAUGACAAUGAAGGUGCGCGGCACAGCGGGGUACAUCGACCCCGAGGAGGUGGAGACGUGUGAGAUCAGCGUGCUGUCCGACAUCUACGCGCUCGGCCUCAUCCUGCUGCAGCUGCUCACGGGGCAGCGCAGCGUCAAGGCCGUUCACCGCAUGCUCGCCGACUGCACCAGCCGCCCCGCCAGGCCCGGGCAGCCCCGGGCGGCGGCGGGCGCGGAGAUGGUGCUGCGGUAUCUGGACAGCGCGGCGGGCGACUGGCGCCUGGACCUGGCGGAGCAGGUGGCCGCGCUGGCGCUGCGCUGCGCUGAGCGGCGGCGCGAGAACCGGCCCGACCUGGCGGAGGAGAUCCACCCCACGCUGGUGCGCGUGGCGGCUGAGGCCAGCGCGGAGGAGCGGCGGCGCAAGCAGCGCAUCGACUCGCAGUUCAUCUGCCCCAUCUCCAAGGAGAUAAUGAAGGACCCGGUGGUGGCUGCGGACGGCUUCACGUACGAGCGGCAGCACAUCACCACGUGGAUGGGCUCCUCCUCGCUCUCCCCCGCCACCGGCCAGCCCCUCCCGCACACGUGUCUGACGCCCAACAACGUGCUCAAGAACCUCAUCGCCUCCCACAAGUUCCACUGA